UGUUAUAGUAGAUACUACAUGUAUGUCUGGCUGGUUCCAUCACUUUGCAGAGGGAAAGCCUCAAGUGAUACAUACUUUAAACUAUCAUUAGGUGAUAUGGCUAGGGUGAGAUGAUAGAGCGGAGUACCUUUGACGGGUAUGAUGCUCUAUGUGUCCAAAACCUUCAGUCUAUUGCUAACUAUAUUCACUCAGCAGUGGAUUUAUUAACCAGAGUAGAGGAAGCUGUUGAUAGAUUCUUGUAUUGGGACGAAGAAGUAAUGAUAUAUGAAGCAGUUACUUCAAGUCACAGUAUUCAUGAUGUCCCCAAUCACUGCAUAAAGUGUUUGAUAACAGUGGAGUGAGUAGUAUCAGUGGUAGCAGCACUGGGGGAGGAGGAUAGUCAAGAGAUGAGUCAACACGAGAUGCUACUAAUGCUCAUGGCGGUAAUUGCUAGUCACCCUCAAGGAGGAACAUUGGUCUUGAUGAUUCUAUGGGCUCAAGCCAGCAGCAACUGCUCAGAUGCCAAAGGAUAUCUUAAGAUGAUUUGUAGAGAUUUAUCCGACGAACUGGCACAAUUUGAUCUAAGGAAGGAACAAGAACUGAGACAGGUUUUCCUUGAUCUUGCUGCUGGACGAAUGGAGAAAAAUGUGAAACUUCAAGUAUGCAAUGAAGUGUUUACUGGACGCACCAAACCGUUUGUGUUUAAUAAUAACACCACAAGAGGAGGAGGUAACAAGAAGUGGAGGUAAAAGAGAGAGCCUAGUAAUGGAUCCUGAGAAGAGAGGGAGAGAGGACAUAACGUAUUUAAUAUCUGCUUUUGUUUUAGUUCGUUCCUCUUUCAAGAAAAUUAAUGAUUUGUGAAAU